UGUACUGCGCUCUGCCCACCGACUAGCUCCUAGGUGCGGCACCGGACGCGUAAACCCAGGGUUCUCAGAAUUGCGUAAUUCCGCCGCCUUUUCCAGCUUUAAUUCUGUACAUUCGUACAUUACAACAAGGGCACGAUCCCACAUGCAGCUGCUCACCUUGCUGAUCGCCCUAGCUGUGGUGGGCGAUACGGCCAUGGCGCUCGCCCCAAAGAUCCUCGUGUUGGGUGGGACCGGCUUUAUAGGAUCCACCGUGUCUCGGAUCGCUGUCGACAGUGGAUGCGAGGUGACGUCACUGUCAAGACGAGGAACUCCCUCUCCGGACAGCGAUCCCCUACCCGGUGUAAAUUUCCUCAAAGGCGAUGCCACCGACCCCGCGGUGGUUCGACAGGUCAUCAACGAUGGCAAGUGCGACUACGACGGCGUUGUCCACGCGGUGGGCAUGCUCUUCGCGGGCAGCCUUAACCGCUUCGCGAGCGGGUCCGGGUCUGUGCCCGACCCCGGCACCACCUACGACAAGAUCACCAGACAAACCGCAUUCGCGGCAACGGCUGCCCUCGAUGCCCUCGCCCAGGGGGGGUCACAGCAGAGGCCUUUCGUGUUCAUCUCCGCGGCGGAGGCGAAGUGGGGUUUCGACGGCAUUUUCGAGGGGUCUCCAGUGGGGUUUCUUCACGACUACCUCGUGGCCAAACGAGCUGUUGAGGACGAGUUGCUCAACAACAAGCCGUCGCUCAGAGGGGUCGUCCUCAGACCUAGCCUUGUGUGGACAAAGCGACGACCGGGAGCGCUUCUACCCGUGGCCGCCUUCCAAAUCGGCAGCCGCCUAGGACUGCCGUUCAUCGAUAGGCCUGUCCACGUGGAGACCCUUGCCAGCGCAGCCGUGGAGGCCCUGUUCGACUCGAGUGUCAGGGGGGUGCAAGACUGGAGAGGCAUGGAGAAGCUGGCCGGGAGCUACAAGGCCAACAAGGCAAGGGGAGCGGCCGGUGGCACCGACGGGAGCAUUGCAGAGCUUUAAGAGAGAAGUGGACUGAUAGAUAUUUCGUGGUGGAAGGAGACGGGGGCGAUUUGUCCUUCUAAAGGAGGGCUGGGUCUCCUCUAGAAGAGCUUCAGAAGUUUAAUGUUUCUUGUUUCUCCUCCAUCUAGGUGUUUUUUUUUUUCCCCUCAACACCAACAGGUGGCGAAGAAGGCAAGUUGGAGUGUUCAUCAAUUAGUCAUCUUCCUUCCCCCCGUGACGAAUACAUGUGUCGUCUGAUACUCAAGUCUCCCUCGGGCAGCAUUGCGUAUUAGUCUACUGUACAUAUGUUUGUUUUCUUGCGCGCCGAGGCACAGACAGGGAGUAGAGCGGGAAAAUGUUAGCGAGAUCCGAUGAAGUAUCAAUCUUUUCAUACUCAAGG